UAUUGAUUGACAGUUGUAGCACAGUCAUUUUGCCAUGCUAGACGUCUGGACUCUUGUUCUUCGAGUAAACCUCUGCUGAAGCAUUUUGACGUGACCGAAUUUUUGUUUUGGAAGCUAACACAGACAUCCAAAGGCUCUAAUUGCCUUACAUAAUGACGGAGGCAGACCAAGAAAGCCAUCCUCCUAAAACAGACAGUGGCGACGAGUCUGACGAAGAAAGUGAAGUUCUUGAAGAAAGCCCUUGUGGAAGGUGGCAGAAGCGACGUGAAGAGGUUGAACAAAGAGAUGUACCAGGUAUUGACAAUGCCUUUUUGGCUAUGGAUACGGAAGAGGGAGUGGAGGUUGUGUGGAAUGAGGUUCAAUUUUCAGAGAAAAGAGAUUUUAAAGCUCAACAGGAUAAAAUUCGAAGAGUAUUUGACAACUUGAUUCAGUUGGAUCAUCCAAACAUUAUCAAGUUCCAUAAAUAUUGGACAGAUUCGAAGAGUGAAAAACCAAGAGUAAUCUUUAUUACUGAAUACAUGUCAUCUGGAUCUUUAAAACAGUUCCUGAAAAAGACCAAAAAGAACAACAAACCAUUCCUGCUCAAGGCAUGGAAACGUUGGUGUACACAAAUUUUAUCUGCUUUGAGCUAUUUACAUUCCUGUGAUCCACCUAUCAUUCAUGGCAAUUUGACCUGUGAUACAAUCUUUAUUCAGCACAAUGGACUUAUUAAAAUUGGAUCUGUUGCGCCUGAUGCUAUACAUACUCAUGUCAAGACAUAUCGUGAUGAUCUGAAGAACAUGCACUGUAUCUCCCCAGAAUAUGGCAGUAAGUCAAAGCAGCAUGGUUCACCAAGACCUCCUAUUAACACCAACCACAAAGGAUCUGUUACAGUGUAUGUUGAUAUUUAUUCCUUUGGAAUGUGUGCCUUGGAGAUGGCUGCCCUUGGUAUUCAAGGUAGCGACAAUGGUAAUCAUAUAACACCAGAAGCCAUACAGAAAACUUUAGAGAGCAUAGAAAAUCCACUACAGAAGGAUUUCCUGUCUAAGUGUAUUCAGACUGAUCAUUUGAAACGUCCUUCAGCGAGACAACUUCUCUUCCAUCCUGUCUUGUUUGAGGUGCAUACCUUAAAACUACUUGCUGCUCAUGCCUUUGUCAGAAAUUCCUCUAUACUUCCAGAAAACUUAGCAGAUGAAACUCAUUUAUCUAAAAUGGGUCCUAAUCAAGUUAUGUUAGAAAUCAUUCAUAAGGAUGGCAGAGACCCUGUACAAACAAAAUAUUCUGAGGCUCCUGCUUUAGACAUAGAGAAAUUUUUAGAAGAUGUAAAAAAUGGUAUUCAUCCUUUAACAGCCUUUGCUAUGCCCCGUCCCCCUCCAUCACGUCCAAGGGCCAUAACUCCAGAACUGGCCGAAUCGGUUAAAUCCGAGACACCAGAACCAAUUGACAUCGAAACUCGUAUGGUGACCAGUAUGUCGUGUUCAGUACGUAAAGGUGAAGACAGUCCCAGUGUACAGUUGACCUUGACCUUCCGUAUGGACGACAAAAUGAACAGACAACUCCAAUGUGAUAUAUCGUAUGAAGAUAAUUCUAAUACACUAGCUGAAGAAUUGGUGCAUUAUGGCUUUAUUAAUGAGCUUGAUAGAGAUAAAGUUGCGGCAAUGAUAGAGGAACAAGUUCGGGGGAGUAUGGUAAACGGUACAGGGGGUAAUCCCCCAGUUGUGCAACCUGUAGCUUGAGAUAGAUUUCUUUCAGGCUCUUACUUGAACUAUUUCUGCCAGUCAAUGUCCAGUCAGUUUGUAUGCCAGAAUAUUUAGAUAUUUGAUUCCACUUUUAUGACGUAAAAAUGAGAAUUAUACAACCCGAUUUGUCAUAUUGUUAUGUUAGAAAGGGUGUUAUUUAUUUAAAACAAAAAGUAAACACAAAAAGAAUCUUAUUUCUAUACUAAGAUUUGAAUGUCAUUGAAAUGUCUGACUGGCAAAAUGUUUAAUUAAGAGUCCUGCUUUCAUGCUAUUAUUAUUAUUAUAACUUGCGAGUUACUUAAAAUUAUACAGUGCAAUAUUUAUAGGACUUUGUUCUGUUAUCAUAUUUCAUGAUAAAAGAAUUAAUUGUGUAUCAAUAGCAAAGUUAGAAACAGAUGGUAAAUACCACUUAUGCAUCAUUUUUAAAUACUAUAUAUGACAACAUAAACAGCUAGUAAAUACCAGAUAUGACAACAUAACAGAUGGUAAAUACAGAUAUGACAACAUAACAGAUGGUAAAUACCAGAAGUAGAUGGUAAAUACCACUCAUUACAAUGUCAAUAACUGGUAAAUACCACUCAUUACAAUGUCAAUAACUGGUAAAUACCAGAUAUUAAAACACAUUCAGUUGGUAUAUACCAGGUAUACAUUGGGCUUUACAGAAGGUGCGAAAUAUUUUGCCUUAUCAUUAAUUCAACCCUUUAUAAUGGUUAGGAUAAUGUAGAUUUAAGCUUAAUUCAUUGAUUCAAAGUUCUUAAUCUUGUAGGAAUGGCCAUGUUCAGAAAACGUAGGAUUGGUGAAAUUUGUGAACCAAAUAUCCUUCCUCUCUUACGUCCCAAACCCCCCACAGGGAAGAUUCACCAGAGAAGAAAUGAACUUUAAUCGUCGACUUAAAUAAUAUUAAUAUAUGUUUAGGAUUAAAAUCACAUUUUCGUAAACUAUGUCAAGAUUUGGAUUAUGGAUAAAUUGAGGUUGUUUUUGUGGGGGAUUUUGGUUGGGAUUUUUUUUUUAGAAACCAGUCUUUGAUUAACAUCUCAUCAAAAAAGAUUUUAAAAUCAUCAAUGUUAUCAUCUAGUCAUUGCUGAUAUAAAAAGAUCAAGUACUUCUAGUCUUUAUGACUGGUCAGACAUGAAUGUGGGAAAUAUGGGCCUUUAAUAUUCAGCCUACUCUUAAUUCCAAUUUCCAUGUGCACGCUGUACCAUACGGCCUGUCAUUGAUUGAACUGGCGUGGUUUCGAAUCCCUGGUUGUACGUGACAAGGAGUAGGGUUGCCUGUCCAGCCUCGUGGGUUUUCUCUGGGUCCUCCAGUUUCCUCUCACUGCUAAAGACCCCUACGCGCAAUUAUUGAAAUAAAAUUAAACCAUGUGUUAGUCCCGAAAUGACCUAGUUUGUGUCGAGUGGACGUUAAACCCCAUUUCUCACUAUCUCUAAUUCCAAUUUCAACCGUCAAGGGUUCUUUAUGAGCAUGCCAAUAUGUACAGUUUUCCGUAACAUCCUAAUGACUAGGACUAGACGCUGUUCCCUGCUUGACACUCUGUCCUCACUACUGAAAAUCCUGGCCAACACAGUGAUAGAACCUGGGACCUUGAGAUUUGCGAAGCAGCACCUCACUUAGUGAGCCACGACUCAUUCUUAUAAAUAUUUGAGUUUAUUUCUUGUUACGAUAAAAAAACAAAAACAUGGUCAAAGUUCGAGGAUAAUUUUUAAAACAAACCUAAUUGAGAAAUAAUUAUUACUACUUGCCACCAAAUUAUUUGAAAAUAAAUUCUUUUUUUUUUGUAUGCAUGACCGGGGUUUAAACUUGGAAUUUAAAAUAAAGAGAUAAAUGUGCCUUUUGAAAGAAUGUUGUGAGUCCAGUGGACAAGAAAAUCCUGUGCGCCUUUAAAGCCUAGCUGAUCAGUUAUUUUGAUUUGUAUUUUUCUGGAAGACAAAUAGUUUUAUUCCGAUUGACACUUUGAAACAAUAGUUUACACUAGUGUCAAACCAGUUGACUUACAGACACGUUUCUUCAUUUGCUUGAUUAAGCCAUGAAAAACAAAUGUUCUCGUUCUCAGAAACUUCAAAUGUUCUAUAUAUUUCCCCUGGUUGACAAAAUAAAAAAAAACUUGCUUCUACAUAAGAUUCUUUAGAAGGAUGGUCUGAGAACAAGAAUAUUUUUUUUGUUUGGCCUUGUCUUGAACAGUACCUCAUGUCAUUUGACAAAUAAGCCAGUCUAUAUAUUAUAUAUAUCGGCUGUCCAGUAUUAUUUUAUCCUUAUUUUCUCGUACAAAUCCAACAUUAUUUUGCUUUUUACUUUAUAUUUUGUAUAUUGUGAGCUUUUGGGAUUUAAGUUGCUAAAUUUUGAUAUCAUCUUCUAAGUACAAGAGUCGUCCUUUUUUUUUCUUUUUUUUUUUAUUCCUUUGAUGAGAAAUAAAACAAUGUGAUUGUAUGUGUUGUUUUACAAGCAUUUUUGACACCAUGGAUUUGUUGCUGUAUUCAGAAUAUUAAUUCCAAAUUCCGUUAAUGAGUAAUAUUUCCGAUUGUAGGUCUUGUGAACAGGAAAUGUUUUGUUUUACGCCAUAGAUUCCAAAUUGUUUAUGCGAUUGAUUGUAUGUGUUGAUUUGCAACCAUAAAUUUUCUUUUAUGGGAGUGCUACACUAAGAGGAAAAUGUUUUGAUUUACACCAGGGGUUUGUUGCUAUAUUUAGAAUAUUUAAUUCCUCAAAAACACUGGCUAUCUAAUUUCAAAAGAAUGGUGGAAUCAAACUUUAACACCUUUGGUUUUCAAUCUCAGAAUAUUGUAUUAUAAAUAUUAAUAGAAUAGAUGUAAACUGUUUAUACAAGAAAUUCUUGAAAACAUUAUUAGUUUUAUUAGUCCUGUAAAAAGUAAUGAAUAAUAAAAAUUCCAAUUUGAGUUAUCAAAUGAAUGUCGAUCAAUUAUGUCACACACUUUUAACAUUUAUUUGAACAAAUUGUUUUGAAUGAGAGAAAGUUGUGGGAGAGUAGAAGAAUUUUCUGAGACCAGACAAUUUUUUGAUUUGUUCAGAUUUUAAUAGGCCUUAACUGUGGCAUGAUUUAUUCUUUCUCAUUCAAGUAUCAGACUUUUCUAAAUCGGCAGAAAUCAUACAAAAGUUGUCCCAUCUGUGCAUGUACUUCGUCGUUACAAAUUUGAUAUUUUGAAAACGGUGACAUGAAUUAAUAAAAUCUUACGAAUCUAACCCCCAAAAAAAAAAAAAAUUUCUGAACUACACUUCAGUAAAUUUAAUAAUGUUGUCAUCUCAUUUCAUCAUAAAUAAUUUGAUAUUUUAAAAUCACUGACAUGAAUUAAUAAAAUCUUUACAAAUCUGACCAUAAAAAAAAAAAUUGUCUGAACUACACUUCAGUAAAUUUAAUAAUGUUGUCAUCUCAUUUCAUCAUUAAUAAUUUGAUAUUUUGAAAUCACUGACAUGAAUUAAUAAAAUCUUUACGAAUCUGACCAAAAAAAAAAAAUUGUCUGAACAACACUUCAGUAAAUUUAAUAAUGUUGUCAUGUCAUUUCAUCAUUAAUAUUUAAUUUUUUUUCUGACUCCAGCUUUAUGUAGUUUACAGAAAUUGGUGCUCCAUAUACUUUAUUAAUUCUUCUAGUCAAGUGUAGAGGGCAUGAAUUAUUUAAAAGCAUUAAAUUUAUAUGUCCUGUAAUUCAAAAAUUAAUAUGACUUAAAGGAUCUAUGUAAAUAUACCAAACCCCAUUAAUUUCUGUUCCUGUGAGGUCUUAAUAAAUAAACAACUACUUUAGGAAAAUUUUCUAAACUGAGGUUUCACUUCAUAAAAUCCCAAUUUUUACAUAACAAAAGAUUCAGAGUUUAUGAAUUGAUCCCUUUCGUGUUAAUAAGUAAGAAUAUAGAGAUUAUUAUGAUGAAUUUGACUGUAGUAUUGUAUAUAUGUAAAUAUAACUGAAAAUAUGUAUUAUAUUUUUGUUAUCUAAUGGUGGUAUAGUCGACAUAUUAAAUUAAAGGGAUACAGCUGCUUUGAUUUGGGUGAAAUAAUGAAAGUGUCGAUUUGAUUAAGUUUGAUGUGGUGAUUUGUUUUGUAACGUGGAUAUCUUUAACAUUUUACGUUGAUAAAUAGUGUCGCGAUAUUGUUUAGAAAUGACACAUUUAGGUUGACAGUUAUAGAACCAAAGUUGAGAUGUAACAGGUUUUAUCUUAAAUAUGCAUUAUAUAAGAGCUAAAUCUACCUAUGGCAGGUUUUAUUUUUCUGUCUUAAGAUGUCAUAUAAUCAGUUAACACUACAAUGGAAAAUUGAGACUUACUUUAUUAUUGUAGCAGUGAUAAUCAGGACUACGCUAUUCUUGUCAAAAUUUCAAACAGUCAUAACUUCACGCAGAAUAAAAUAAUUUGACUGAAAUUUUCAAUAUAUUCUUUUUUCAUUGUCCAUUUUUGAACUAUUAUAGCAAGAAUGGUCAGCUCUUUAUAUCUUACAUGAUGCAUCUUUAAAAAGGAAAAAUGUUAUUGUAUAUUUGUGAACACAAACAACAUCAGAUUAACCUAAUUCAACACUUUAUUUUCACCUAAACCAAAGCGUUGUAGUCCUUAUAAGGUAUUAGAUAUUUUGGGGCAUUUUUGGUCUUCCUCUCCAUCAACAUCAAUAUUAGAUACCCUUGGUAAAGAUUGGGGAUAUACCAUAUUUUAGGAUUCCAGAAAAGGAUGUAUUGUACUGAGUCGAGUGGCCUGGUUUGGGAUCCCAGGAUUCUAUGGGACAAGAAGUAGGGCCGUCUUCCUGCCUGCUUGACCGAAUGGGAUUCCUUGGGUGUCCUCUAGUCUUCUCCCACUGUUAAAAGAACCCUGCUUUGAAAUUAAAAAUAAUACCAUACAUUAGUCCCAAAAUGACCAAGUCCUUCCAGAAUCAGUGAACCAAGACUACUCUGAUUAUACUUAUAAUUUAGUAUACCGUAAGGGGAAGACCAAGAUGAUAAAUUUGGGCAUUUUUAAAAAGAAAAGUGAAAACAAUCUAUUUAGCUUUCUUUUUUUCUCUCCCUUCUCAAGUUUUAAUUAAAUUAUUAUUGAAAAUUUUAAAAAUUUAAAUUUUACCCCUUUUCUUCUAAAAACUUUUAAAUUGCUUAAAGAUGCAUUAUGUAAUAGCUAAAUCUACCUAAUGCAGAUCUUUCGUUUGGGCUCAGAUGUCAUAUAAAUCGUUAGACAUUUAUUCACAUGCCAAGACCAUUGGAUGCUUUUGAUUGUCAACGGAUUUAAACAUGAUUGCUAGUUAAUAAUUUAAUUAAAAAAUGGAUAAUCUUUACUUUGGUUAUUAUCGUAACAACAGUAGCAAUGACAGUCAAGAUUACAAUGUUCUUCAAACUGGCAAUAACCCAGCUCAGAAUGAAUUAAUUUGACUGAUAUUUUCUACAUAUUCCCUUUUCAUUAUCUAUUUUUAACUAUUAUAGCGAGAACUGUCAGCUCUUUAUCUAAAUCUUACAUAAUGCAUCUUUAAAAAUUAUUUCAAUUUUUUUAUUCAUGUUUUGGGUCAACUAUUUUAUUCAAGCAUAUAUUUAGGCACAAUUUACUACAUUUGAACAAAUUUCUGUUUGUGUAUGUCCACAUUGAAAUGUGGUCAUAUAUUGUCGUCACACCGGUCUGUCACCUACUGAAGUUGUGUGAUGUCUAUAAACUCUGAAUAGCUAAGUUGUGUGAUAUCUAGUGCAAGUUUGUUUAUGGUAGCACAGAGAAGAACUAGAACAAGGAGUAUUGUCACCUGUCCAACUUCAUGGAUUUUUUUUUUCUGGGUCCUCCGGUUUCCUCCUGCUCUACGUGCAAGCAAAUUAUUGGAAUAAAAUUGAACCUUGAACCAUAUGUUAGUCCCAAAAUGACCUAGUUUGUGUUGAGUGGAUGUUUAACCCAAUUUCUCUCUCUCUCAUUACCCUGUGUCAUGCAAAAAAAAGGUGAGAUAUUAAACCCCAUUCAGUUUCAUUUUGUUUAAUUACUUUAAUAUGUAGUAUAUUGUAAUUGCAUCCAGACCUUUAUGAACUGCUGGAACAACUUAGCUGCUGUGGCGUAUGUUUCGUUACCUGGCAACCUGUCUAUCAACUUUAUCUCCAUGAGAUACCAGUAUUUAUUAAGUGCUUUUUGUUUUCUAUUUUUAAAUCCAUAUAAUUUAUGUAUUGUUGAUGACCUGUGAAUUUAUUGAAUUAACUCCCCUUUCCUAAAUCCUAGAAAAAAAAUUCACGUUUUUCCAGUUUUUACUGGUUCCACAUUGAGUGGUGAAAUGUUGUGAUCUUUUCUAAAUAAAAUAUAUUGUAUAAAUAUUGUUGAUGACCUUACCAUUGGGUCAACAUGAUUCAUAUGUGUUGGUAGUGACAAUUGCUUAUCUUGAAAUUUGAAAGUGGCAUAAAUGUAGAUUGAAGAAAGGGGGUGGGGGCAGGGGUUGACGAGUUUUAUGAUCAGGGUUUAAUACUUGAAUAUGACAAAAUAUAAUUAUGUACUGUUAAUGACUGUAAGUUAACACUUUAGCAUUGACACCGCCCCAAUCACUCAAAACUAGCUUUAAUUGUCCCCCGCCUUUCGAAGAAAGCAGGGGACUAUUAAAAUGGGUUCGUCCGUCUGUCUGUCUGUCUGUCUGUCUGUCUGUCCGUCUGUCUGUCCGUCUGUCUGUCCGUCACACUUUUUGGGACACAAUAACUCUCUUCCUAAUUGAGCUAGAAUGUUCAAACUUGGUGUAUGUGUUUAUUAGGUCAAUGCCUUGAUGGAGUUCGAAGAUGAGCAUUUUCCGCUUAGGGUAAGCAGAGAUAAGCAAUUUGAUUGGUUGAUGCUUUGGGACACGAUAACUCUCUUCCUAAUUGGGCUAGAAUAUUCAAACUUGGUGUAUGUGUUGAUUAGGUCAAUGCCUUGAUGGAGUUCGAAGAUGAGCAUUUUCCGCUUAGGGUAAGCAGAGAUAAGCAAUUUGAUUGGUUGAUGCUUUGGGACACGAUAACUUUUAAUUGAGCUAGAAUGUUCAAACUUGGUGUAUGUGUUUAUUAGGUCAAUGCCUUGAUGGAGUUCGAAGAUGAGCAUUUUCCGCUUAGGGUAAGCAGAGAUAAGCAAUUUGAUUGGUUGAUACUUUGGGGCACGAUAACUCUCUUCCUAAUUGAGCUAGAAUGUUCAAACUUGGUGUAUGUGUUGAGUAGGUCAAUGCCUUGAUGGAGUUCGAAGAUGAGCAUUUUCCGCUUAGGGUAAGCAGAGAUAAGCAAUUUGAUUGGUUGAUGCUUUGGGACACGAUAACUUUAGUUCUAAUUAAGUGAGAUUGAUGAAACUUGGUGUAUAGAUUUAUUAUAUGAAUACCUUAACUAAGUUCGAUAAUGAACAUUUUUUGCUGAGGGUAAGCAGAGUGAUAAGCAAUUUGAUUGGUAGAAACUUUGGAACACAAUAACUCUCCUUCUAAUUGAGGUAGAAUGUUCAAACUUGGCAUAGGUGUCUAUUAGGUGAAUGUUUAAACUUGAUGUAUAUGUAGAUAUUCAUUAGGUGAAUGUCUUGACUGAGUUCAAUAAUUAACAUUUCGAGCUGAAGCUAAGCAGAGCUAAUCGAUUUCAUUUGUCGAUGGUUUGGGACAAGAUAAUCUUGAUUCUAUCUGAUAGAGAGUGAUGAAACUUAGUGAAAAAAAUAAAUGUGCGAUUAAUUAAUAUGUGUCAUCUAUUUAUUUUGCAAUUUCGGCGGGGGACAUCAGCCUCACUGUUGGCUUGUUAUCCUAGUUUUGUCUCCGGGUAGUUUGAGGAUGUGAUGGGAGCAGUCGUUUUGGUCUAUUCAAAAAAGAGCUACAAAACUUACCAAUGUAAAACAAAAAAAUAUUACUUUUCAGGGAACAGGGGUUGUGAGUAUUUACAUGUACUAGUGCUAAAAUGUUAAGUUAGCAAAUUUAUUGCCCCCAAAGGAAGAGAGUCAUGGCUGACAGUAUCUCAUUGUUAGUCCAUAUGUCUGAAACACACAAAUGUCACAACCAGCAUAUAAGAAUCAAGUUAGCCAAAUUAUAGUGGAAAAGUGGGAUAUUAUUAAAAAUAUGUCAAAUAAAUAUGUUGAUUGCUGAAUGCCUGUGUGAGAGCUUUACUGCUGUGUAAAUUGCAGAGUUAUUUUCUGAAUAAAUGAAUUUGACAUUGUGUUCAAAUGAGAAAUGGUUUUGAAAGAUUUGUUGGUGGGGAGGGGGGUGUACAUAAAUACUGUUCCAAUACUUGCAGUGUUAUAUUAACAUUUUGCUCAACAUAAUAUUAAAAAAUUCAAUUUAAACAAAA